AUGGCGAUGACGCAUAAGGAGCCGGCAAAGACUGAGAUGGCUGACCUCCUCAGACCCAUCUCCGACCAGAUCCAGGAGGUCCAGAAUUUCCGGGAAAAGAACCGCGGCAGCAGCCUGUUCAACCACCUGUCUGCCGUGAGCGAGAGCAUCUCCGCCCUGGGCUGGGUGGCAGUGUGUCAGAAACCAGGGCCGUAUGUGAAGGAGAUGAACGAUGCUGCAAUGUUCUACACAAACAGAGUUCUGAAAGAUUACAAAGACACGUUAGUGCAUACGUUUAUUUAUUUACGUUCCUAUCUAAGCAUCUGGACUGAACUUCAGAACUACAUAAAAGAGCACCACACCACUGGACUCGUCUGGAACAGGACUGGUCCUGUAGCCUCUCCUUCACUGUUCAGUGCUCCUCCUCCUCCUCCUCCACCACCACCACCACCAGGUCCUCCUCCGAUGUUCAUGGAUGACAGCCCCAAACACGAGGACACAGCAGCCCAGCAAUCUGCUCUGUUUGCACAGCUCAACCAGGGAGAGGCCAUCACUAAAGGUCUGAAGCAUGUGUCUGAAGAGCAGAAGACCUAUAAGAACCCCAACUUACGCUCUCAGGGAGAGAAGACACAUCAGGGAUCUUCAGGCAAAAGCCAGAAGCCCAGCUCGUCUGCCUGUGCAGCUGCCAAAAAACAUUCCCCCGUGCUGGAGCUGGAAGGAAAGAAGUGGAGGGUGGAGCACCAGGAGAAGUCUCAUGACCUGGUGAUAGAGGAGACCGAGCUCAGACAGGUGGUUUAUGUCUUUAGCUGUAGCAACUCCACACUCCAGAUCAAAGGCAAAGUCAACUCCAUCAUAGUGGAUGACUGUAAGAAGCUCGGACUCGUGUUUGACAAUGUGGUGGGCAUCGUAGAGAUCAUCAACUCCAGAGACAUUCAGCUUCAGGUAAUGGGGAAGGUUCCUACUAUUUCCAUUAACAAGACCGAGGGUUGCCAUGUCUACUUGAGCAAGGAUUCACUUGACUGUGAGAUUGUCAGUGCCAAGAGCUCUGAGAUGAACGUUCUCGUUCCUGAGGGAGAUGAUGAUUACAGGGAGUUUCCAAUCCCAGAGCAGUUUAAAACGGUUUGGGACGGCUCCAGCCUUGUGACAGAGCCCACAAAGAUGGCUGGUUGAUUUCUUCUCCAGCUCGUCAUCGCUUUCCUCCUACCCAGAAUUCUUCAAGCACUUUCACUGUAUCACACUGUUAGCGGAGAUGGAAGAAUUCAUACAUUGUGGUUGUGAGAGUUGUAGAUUUAGGCUAAGGAAAUUCAAUUUAUGAGCAAAAUAUGGACAAAAGUUCCAUUUCCACGAACCAAUUUUGAAACAUUUUAACAAACGGAGAUGGAGAUGUUUCUCCGUAACAAUAAAACAAUUAUCCUUAGCAAUAAAAAUACAUAAUAUAGAUAUUUAUUAUACAUUAAAAGUAACUACACGUGAUGGUACUAUUAUGUGUGAAUAUGGGAUUUUUUAGUCAACAACUCAAAGUACUAAGUUAAAAUAAUUAAUAAUAAACAAAUUAAAAAAUAAUGAAUCAGUAAGUAAUUUAUUUAAUCUCAUAGCUAUUUAUUUUAAAUC